GACCGUGGCUGGAGCCGCCCCCCUGCCCCACCAAGCGCACAUGUCUGCCUGCCCGUGCCCAGAAGAUGACCAGGCUGCUCUUGGGGGUGACCCUGGAAAGGAUUUGCAAGGCCGUGCUGCUGCUCUGCCUGCUCCACUUUGUCAUCAUCAUGAUCCUCUAUUUUGACGUCUACGCGCAGCACCUGGACUUCUUCAGCCGUUUCAACGCCAGGAAUGCCUCGCGCUCCCACCCUUUCUCCAACUCCUCCCGCCCCAACGGCACCGUUCCCAGCUACGGGCCAGCCAGUGCUGAGGCCCCAUCACCCAGCACCAAGCCCAGCACCAACCAGUCCACCACUGAGAAGCCUUUGCAGCCUUGUCAGGAGAUGCCUCCUGGCUUAGUUGGGCGCCUGCUCAUCGAGUUCAGCUCUCCCAUGAGCAUGGAACGAGUGCAGCGGGAGAACCCUGAUGUGCGCCAAGGCGGCAAGUACAGUCCCCCAGACUGCCUACCCCGGCAGAAGGUGGCCAUCCUCAUCCCCUUCCGGCACCGUGAGCACCACCUCAAGUACUGGCUGCACUACCUGCACCCCAUCCUGCGCCGGCAGAAGGUGGCUUAUGGUAUCUACAUCAUCAACCAGUUCGGUGAAGACACCUUCAACCGGGCCAAGCUGCUCAACGUGGGAUUCAUGGAGGCACUCAAGGAUGACGAGGAGUAUGACUGCUUCAUUUUCAGCGACGUGGACCUCAUCCCCAUGGACGAUCGCAACCUCUAUCGCUGCUAUGAGCAGCCACGGCACUUUGCUGUUGGCAUGGACAAGUUUGGGUUUAGGCUGCCCUAUGCCGGCUACUUUGGUGGUGUCUCUGGGCUGAGCAAGUCCCAGUUCUUGAAGAUAAAUGGCUUUCCCAAUGAGUACUGGGGCUGGGGAGGAGAGGACGAUGACAUCUUUAAUCGCAUCUCCCUGAAUGGCAUGAAGGUGUCGAGGCCCGACAUCCGCAUUGGGAGGUACCGCAUGAUUAAGCAUGAACGCGACAAACACAAUGAGCCCAACCCGCAGAGAUUCACCAAGAUCCAGAACACCAAAAUGACGAUGAAGCGGGACGGGAUCAGCUCUCUGCAGUACCGGCUGGUGGAGAUCUCCCGCCAGCCCAUGUACACCAACAUCACGGUGGAGAUCGGCAGGCCACCGCCCCGCCUGGCCCGCGGCUAGUGCUCCUGUCACCGGGAACCCCAGUGCCUGGGCUGGCUGGGCAUGGCGGGUUUUCUUUCCGCUCAAGAGCCAGGACUGGACAGGGAUGUUUUCUGCCUACUCUGCUGCCUUCUGGAGACGGCUGCCCCCCAGCCGGCCCUUUGGUCCCCAGGAUUUCUCUGUCUCCCCCAUCCCCACGAGUGUGUUUGCAGGA